GCUGUCGCAAGCGCCACUCUAAGGCAGUUGCCGGCCGACACCUUGUGAAAUGGUCGUAUCCGAAGGUAUAUUAAUCUUCGCCCCACCCCGGCGGGUUUUGUUCUACACAAAAAACCGCACGAUAACACAAAACGCUCGGCAAAUCAUAGUUUUCACUGGCAUAAAACAAAAAUAAUGCUAAUAUUAUUAUUAUGAGAUGGAAAUUUAUGUCUAAAAACUUAGUUUUUGGGUAUAAUUAAAACAAACUUUAUGAAUUUAGAUAGAUGACAAGAAGCCCGUAGGUAUUAGAUAUGGAGUAUUUUAAAUUAUCAGUGCUUUCGAUUUUGUUUAGUGUUAUUAAGUGCUUGGCAAUGUCACCUGAUGAGUUAGAAGAUUUCAAAGAAUUUCUCACUCGGACAUCUACGUUGGAUCAAAACCUCAGAAAGGGUUCUGAUCCUGAACACGAUUAUGAUGAAGACGGGUCAGUGUCAGACCACGCGUGGGAAGAAAGCGGAAAAUUCGAGGGCGAUCUCAUCCUUAACGAUCGGCAAAGGCGAUUAAUUGUUGAAAAUAUCAUGGAAGGGCUCUCGCGCAACGGAGUUAAAGAUAGUACUAAGAGGUGGCCAGAUAACGAAGUAGUUUACUACAUACAAAGGGAACAUUUCAAUGGCGGUCAAGUUCAAGCCAUUCAAGAAGGCAUCGACGAUUUAGCACAAGCAUCAUGCGUUAAGUUCCGGCCGUACAAGAAAGGAGAUCGCGAUGCGGUUGUUAUACAAGGGAGUAGGAGAGGUUGUUUUUCCCAGGUCGGAUACCAAGGUGGUUAUCAGGUGCUGAACCUAUCAGGUCGACAUCCUGUCGGCCGAGGAUGCUUUCGUCACGGGACGGUUGUACACGAGCUCCUGCAUACGUUGGGAUUCUAUCAUAUGCAAAGUAGUCCCGACAGAGAUGAUUACAUUGACGUUGUCUGGGAAAAUAUUUUGGAACCGGCAAGACAUAACUUUCGCAAAUACAACUCGUUUGCUGUAUCCGACUUUGGAGUCGGGUACGACUACGACAGUGUCCUGCAUUAUAGCCGACGAGCUUUCUCCUCUAACGGUCAGGAUACCUUGGUACCGAAACAGAGCGGUGCCGACAUUGGCCAGCGAGUGGGUCUAUCCGACAAAGAUAAACAAAAACUGAAUAGAAUGUACUGCGAUGCUGACUCAGAAGGAUUAGGAGAAUUAGACGAAUCUACGGAAGCUAGUAUUAAGAAGAAAAAAUAUAAGAAUAAACCUUUUGAUGGACACGGAAUAGGGUACCAUCAAGGUAAAGCCGUCGUGAUCAAGCUAUUGCCGACACCUGCAACCUUUAAACUAGUAGAUGCACCAACAUUUCAUAUGUUUGAUUAUUUUAGCAAAACGCCGCAAACCCUGCCAGCGACGAAAACUGAAGGAGAACAUGGAACUGGAAAACAGAUAACUCCUUCAGAGAAUUACAAUGACCGUAACCAGAAAAUAUUCAAUAUUGAUUCCAAUAAAUUCAUUAACAGUCAAAACAUUAACACUGACGGCUUAUCAUCAGAGAAUUUACAAGAAGGCUUCCCGGAGGCCUUACAUCGUUUAACCAAAAUUGUCAAGUCACACGUAUAUCCGUCACAAUCAUCUGACAAUUUGUUCAAAGUGAAUGAAGAUUACGGCGAACUAUACAUACCGCCAAAAUAUUCGAGUCCAAAAGAUUUAGAAGUUCCUACACUAAAAUCGAAUCAAAAUUCAGCUGAACGAUUUAUUGAAAAUCUUUAUGCACAUCCUAAACCUCAUGGUACAAAAACGUUUUAUGACGAUUAUACAAUUUUACCGGAAAGUGUGAAUAAAAACAUCGAUCAAAAAGAAAAAAAUACGAAUUCAAAAUAUCCAACUAUCAUCCAUCAUGAGAAACAGGAACAAGUCAAGAGUAUUGCUAAAGAAUAUGUUUCUCCGGAAUAUGCUUCUCCAGAAAGUUAUCAAGAGAGGCCCAACUAUGAUACCGAUAAUAUUCACAACAAUAAAAAAACAAUUAAAGCAAGUGAAUUUUAUGCACCCUUCGGUAUCAAUACGCAUGAUCAUUUAUUGUACCAGAAAAAGAAAUAUAGUUCCCAUCCAACGAGAUUUGAUCACGAUUUUUAUUCAAAUUUGCCACAAAACGAAAAGACUCAAGACGAAUUCCCUCAUUAUGAUGAACAUAAUCAAAACCAAGACUUUAAACCGACAACCAGAAACAGCAAACAUUAUUCUGUACUUACUGUUCCAUUGCCUUCAACGCAAAAGCAGUAUCAGCCUACUUAUAAUAGUUAUGACGCGUGAGAACCAUAGGAGAGACCAAAUAAAUCCAGACACCAAGUGAGAAAGAUGAUAUCAGACGGUUUGGUAGAAUAAUUUUUUACUCGAUGAAUAGUUAUUAUUUAUUCUUCUUCCACUCCAUAUUCACAUGGUUUGGCUGAACUGACAUAUAAAACAUUCAUAGAUACAAUAUAUCAUCGAAUGAUGCUGUGCGUCGUUAGUUUAAUUUGUGAUCAUUUAAUUAAGGUAUUCAUUGUAAGUAAUAAAGUUUUAUAAUUAACGAAA